AUGCAGUCCAAAGAGUCAGCCAGCAUUGAAGUCCAGCCUGUGCUUCAUCACAGCCACCUAGACGAAGAAGAGGAAGAAGAAGAAGAACAUGUAUUUGACAUCCUCAGGAAAGCUGAGAACAAUGUCUGGAUCGUUACCAGACGGGGAGAUCCUCGAAAAGAGCAGUAUCUUGCCAGUCGUAGUCAUCUCGGCGUUCGACUACGUGGUACCGCACAAAAUCACCAAGAAGCCGCUGCGCUAAAGACUCUACUCUCGAUCCAUAAUCAAGCCCACACAAUCCGUCAGAUUCUCAACCAUGAGAAUCUAAUCUCGAUCGCUGGCGUCAUGCAGUAUCAAGUCUUCACCAAACAACAAAUCCCUGACUCUGAAAGAAAUGAUGUACAGCUUCUCGUCUGGGACUUUGCUGAUGCUGGCAAUCUCAGCGCCUUAUUUCGCCAUUAUCCCGUCGAGCAUUCCUCCUUCUACCUCCCCGAAUCCCUCUGCUGGCACGUCCUCCGUUCUAUGAUUCGUGCGGUAACUUGGCUCCAUGAUGGGAAACGACUCGUGUACGAGCAUCAAAGUGGUGACCCAGAAAGCAUCAUAAAGCUUGAAUGGGAAGCCGUUAACACAGACUGGUUCUCAAUCUUGCACCGCGCUAUCGAGCCCAAAAACAUCUGGUUCCAGCACCCACGUGGCGCUGAGACCUAUGGCCAGUGCAAACUGGGCGAUUUCAGCACAGCUGCCGUCACAUGCCACGCCGUUGAUGGCUGUAAUGGCAAUAAGACUAACAGUUCGAUUGAUGGCUCAUAUGGAAUAGCACUAGCUACACGACAAGGACUCCAGCCACUAGAAACAGCUCGCGAAGCAUUGGAGGGCGAGUUGGAUUUGGCCGCAAUGGAAGAGGGAGAACGCCCGUAUACGCUUAGAGACGAAAUCUGGUCGAUAGGUGCCACAGUACUUACCAUGAUGACAGGGCAGGCACCUUCACACUACUGCGAGCAAUGCGGGUGUUGUCAUGUUCGGUUUUGCGAAAGCGGCGGGUGCCUUGAGAAGAAAGCUGCUGCGAAAGGAUGUAAUUGUCUGUAUGGAGGCUGCGAGCACAUACCUGAGGGCGAUGAAUGCGAAGACUCCAGCAGUCACUGGCCUGCUUGUCCUCCUCGGCAUCAUUGCUCGGAAGUGCCUAUCAACAUUGAUUCGUUGAUUGCCCGAGCCCGGUACUCCAAGAUGCUGUGCAAUCUGGUCAGGGAAUUGCUCAACUUUGACCCCAAUGGACCCCAGAGGCAGAGUGUUCGAUUAUUCCGAAUGUGGCCCUAUGCCAACGCUAUUGAAAGAGCGUACAAGGAGUGGAAGACGCAGACCAAAGAGGGCCAAGACUAUAUCGAUAUUGAUGAUGAUAUGGCGAGGAGAGUGCUUUUUGGAGGCGAGGAAGAAGAAUAA